UCGGAUUUUUCUGGCUCUAUCUCGAGAAUUAUCAACUUCUCUCUCUAAAGAUUUUCCCUCUCGACUCUAAUCGUAAUUUCUUCAGUUCUUCCAUCGACAGUUAUUCUCCCAUUGCUUGCUCUCCUUGACCCAUCUUCCCGAGUCUCACUCCUACACCCAGUUAGGCUCAAACAAUUGGCGCCCACCGUAGGGCCAAGUAGAGAAGCAAAAGAAAAACAACCAAUGGCUGAACACAAUCCCAACUUACCAGAUGAAGCGACACCCAUCAAAGCAAUGACCGACCCAAGGACGUUCGCAGAAACCAGCAACCUCAACGCGGUGCUUAUCGAAGAAGAAGAACCCGAGAUGACCGCCAGAGAAAUGAGGCAGCUAAUGGCGAAGCAGAACAACGUCAUAGCCGAUAUGCAAAAGCAAAUGAGCCAGGUCAUAGCGCUCAUGAUGAGCAAAGAGGCCGCAACAACAGUGGAGGCGGCAACAAGCGCACCACCAUCCGCACUGCCACCAGUUGAGGCGACAACAAGCGCGCCACAACUCGCGCCGAACGAAUUCCCUGCGUGUGAAGCGCAACAAGCUGAGCCGCCGGGUAGGGUAGACCUCAGUUUUCUGGAGCAACACUUGUCUCCGCAAUACCGACCCAACCCACCCAAGAGGGCGCUCCACCAGCCGCUAAGCGCGGAAAUCAUGGCGGAACACCUGAGCGGAAUGCCACCCGCCCUCCCAACAUACAACGGGACGACUGAUCCCGAAGACCAUGUGAGCACCUUCUGCCUGCGGAUGCAACUCCAAACCAACUCCAACGCGGCACUAUGCCGAACCUUCCCAUCAACAUUCUCCGGAAUAUGCCUUGAUUGGUAUAAUAGGCUCCCGAAUGGGAUCAUCCGCUCAUUUGAGGAGUUCAUACUCCUAUUCACGACGAAGUUCGCAUCCCAAAAGAGAAGGCCUCUCCACCUCAAGGAACUGAUAGACAUCAGGAAAAAGGAUGGGAAAAGCCUGCGAACAUUUUACGCUAGAUGGUCCAGGGUGGCGAUGGCAGUGCGCGACCUUACCCCCGAAACCGCCGCCCAUCACCUUAUGGAAGCCACCACCAACAUGGAACUCAAUUUGGCGAUAGCAAAAAGGCCUAUAACUCUAUCGACAGAGUUGGAGAUGAAGAUUGAGAAGGCAAUUACGCUGGAAGAAACCCUUGGAGUGGGAUCUGUUAGGCGCUUCGAGCCAGCCAAGUUGCCGCGAGAAGAACAGGGACGUCGGCAGCUCACGCUUCCGCAAGACCAAUUGGCGCAACUACACAGAGGGCAAAAGCGCCAUCCCCCUCCCCCACAAGAACAAGCUCAGCGAGGAAGAUCGCCAGACAGGCGCUCAUCCCACGCCUUCACACCGCUUAACGACUCCGUGAAGAACGUGUUCCACGUUCUCCGCGAAAAGGGCUACAAGCUCAAUUGGCCCGCGCCUUUGAAGUCCUUACCCCACAUGCGUGACCCAAAAAAGCAUUGCGACUUCCAUAGAGAAACGGGGCACUGGACGGAAGAUUGCCAAGAACUACGUUACGAAAUAGAAGGCCUCAUACGACGAGGAUUGCUGGCCGAGUUCACACACGAAAAAGAGGAACAAGUAGGGGGACCCCAAAACCCGCCACCACCCCCACAAGCCGACUACAACGAAGCCGCUGGAGCGUAUGUAGUACGAAAAGAAAUAGGGGUGGUGACAGUGAAAGGAGAUCGUCCGAAAAAGAAAACUAAGCGCGAACGAGCGAUCGAAUUCGCAGCGGCGGACGUACAAACAGGGGGCCAACUAAGCUUCAACGACAUCGAAUUACCGCAAGGAAUUCCGUCAGAAGACCCACUCAUCAUCACCGCUUUAGUGGCCGCCUGCAAAAUACACCGCCUACUGAUAGAUGGAGGUGCCGCGGCAGACAUCCUCUUCCAAAGCACUAUCGACAAAAUGGACAUCGACCCGCGCUUAAUCAAGCGCGCCCAAGGGAACUUGGUCGGCUUCUCUGGAACGAGGGUUCCAGUAAUUUGUGUGGUAACUCUUCCUGUUGUUAUCGGAGACCAAGAACCGCACGUCUCAAAGCAAGUCGAGUUCACAAUAGUCGACUGUAAAUCGUCCCACAACGGCAUCUAGGGCCGACCCUUCCUAGCAAAAUUCAUGGCCCUUCCAUCCACAUGCCACCAGAAUCUUAAGUUCCCCACUAAGAUGGGAACCGGAGAGGCGCGCGGGACGCCAUGGGGAGCCCCAAAGCUAGAAGGAGAGGCCCGACAAACCAACAUUGUCGACACAAGGCCAGAGGAACCCCGCCCGGAAUCGAUGGAUUCUGAUUUCGAGGUCGCGCUCAACCCAACCGAGCCGACUAGAAAAAUACGCAUCUCGACUCACGUCCGCGACGACGCGAUUGAGCCGUUGAUAGCGCUACUGAAGGAAUACAAGGAGCUAUUUUCC